AUGGCUCGGACGAAGCAGACGGCUCGGAAAUCAACCGGCGGCAAAGCGCCCCGCAAGCAGCUGGCCACCAAGGCUGCCCGCAAGAGCGCCCCUGCUACGGGCGGCGUGAAGAAGCCUCACCGCUACCGCCCGGGCACCGUCGCCCUGCGAGAGAUCCGCCGCUACCAGAAGUCCACCGAGCUGCUGAUCCGCAAGCUGCCCUUCCAGCGGCUGGUGCGUGAGAUCGCCCAGGACUUCAAGACCGACCUGCGCUUCCAGAGCUCGGCCGUGAUGGCGUUGCAGGAGGCGAGCGAAGCGUACCUGGUGGGGCUGUUCGAGGACACGAAUCUGUGCGCCAUUCACGCCAAGCGGGUGACCAUCAUGCCGAAGGACAUUCAGCUGGCGCGGCGCAUCCGCGGGGAGAGAGCUUAAGUCGGGCGCCCCUCCGGUUCCUUCGGCCUUUUUCGGAAAAAACAAAACAAAAAACCGCCAUACCCAAAGGCUCUUUUAAGAGCCGCCACCCUCGUCUCGAAAGGAGCUUGAGCCUAUUUCUCAAACAAAUCCCGAGGCGGUUAAGGAAGCUUAAGUAAAUGCCGUUUCCCCCAGUGUACCUAGAUUGUAGCAAGGAAAGGGUGAAUUUUGAAGUACACCUAGUUCAUUUUAAGGCCCGAUUGUUCUGGACACAAGUGUUUCCAUUAUUUAAACCGCCAUUUUGAGAUCGGGAAAAUUCUGUAUACGGUGGAGACUUAGGACUAUCUGUGUAAAGGAAUUUCUGUAGCUUUGAAAAGGGUUAUUUCACCUCAAUUGUCCAACUCCUGCGCUUGCCCCAGGGCAGUUACCAGGUCUGAUUUUUCUCCGAUGAGUGAAAAAGGAGAACCUACAUUUCUAACUUCCCCCCCCAACGGCCAGGACACCGCUGAAAACAAACCUCAACUCCCGCCAAGAACUCUAAAUA